AGCCUCCACCGCUCCAAGGCGUGUCCAGUCCCGGGCGCUGCCCGCGCGGCUACUAAUCCCCGCCCCAGCCCAGCUCGCCCGCACUUGCUGCCCCGCGUCCCAGCUGCCGCUCCGCUCCGCCCAGCUCCCCGUCUCCGGGUGGGCGCCCCGCGGGCAGCAUGUACGGCGACCAGCAGCAGCUGCAGACCCAGGCGCUGCCCCCGCACCUGCAGCAGCACGGGGCGCAGCACCACCGGCCCCAGCCCUGCUACCACACGCUGCCUCUGCCGCACCGCCGGCCCCGGCCGUGCCCCGAGCCCCUGCCGUGCCACGACCCGCCGCCCGUGCAGAGCCGGCCCCGGCCCCGGCCGUGCCACGACCCGCCGCCCCUGCCGUGCCACGACCCGCCGCCCCUGCCGAGCCGGCCCAAGCCGUGCCCCGAGCCGCUGCCGAGCUGGCCCAAGCCGUGCCCCGAGCCGCUGCCCAAGCCGUGCCCCGAGCCCCUGCCGUGCUGGCCCCAGCAGUGCCCCGAGCCGCUGCCCAAGCCAUGCCCCGAGCCGCUGCCCCACCAUCAGCAUCAGGACGGCAAGGUUGUGUACGAGCGGGUGAGGACCUAUAGCUACCCCGGGGGCAGGCUCCCUCCGUGCUCCCCCAGGGCGGUGUCCCCGCUGGAGAGCGCGACAGGCCACCAGCAUGUCAUCUGGAGCCGCGACCCGCCCCAGCAGUUACAGGAGCCAUUGUCUCCAUUUCUGAGAGGAGAAAGUUAUUGCCCAGGGAAUAAUGUUAUCUAUGAAAAGACAAUAAGAAAAUAUGAGCUGCUAAAUCCUGAACAGGAGAAACAAUACCAGUUUUCCUACCCGUCCAAUCAAUCCCAGGUUAGCCAUGUAUGCCAGCAAUCUGAACAGCCCCAAGUCAUCCACCAAUGCCAAGAAACACAAAGUUGCAGUCCCUGCGAAGUAAGCUCAAUCUCUGUGAGUGAUGGUGGAAGAGGAACGAACACAGUGCAGAGGGUAACAAUCCAGUGCUGCGAACCGGUACAGUGUCUUCAAGAAGCUAAUGACCAGCUGGACUCCAGAUAUUUUGGCGAGCUACUUGCUGAAGUGAACCGCAAGAGCAAUGACCUGUACAGCUGUUUACUGCAGCAUGUGGAAAAGAUAGGAAGAAGGACACAGGACAAUGAAUCUACAAGUCAAGUAGAAGAUAUUGAAGGUUUGAUUCCCAAAGGACUGUCAGAGUUGACAAAGCAGCAGAUUCGCUAUCUCCUGCAGAUGAGAGUGACAUCAGAUAAAUCACUGCGACUUGUACUUUCCACUUUUGGCAGUUUGCGUGGGGAGCUUUGCCAUCUACAAGAUGACUUAGGGAAAUUGGAAACUGACAAGAUGUUACUAGAGAAAGACCUGGCUUUUAAAGAAUCUCAGGUGAAGGAGUAUGAAGCACUGUUGGCAUCCGUGAGAGAGAAUAAUCGCCAACAGCAGCAAGGACUCAGAGACAGUGUUGCAAAAUGUCGUUCACUGGAGGAACAGAUCAUCUCUCUCCGAUGUGCUGAGGGAGAGAAGGACUGUCGGUUAAAAGAACUGGAAUACUGCAAGCGUGCCUUGGAUCAGGAGAUCCAGAACCUGAGAAUGAAGACCUGUUCUAAUCCACUGAUACAAACCAGCACAGAUGAGCUCUCUAGUCGUUACGUGGAGAUGAUUAACAACUUGAGAGAGGAUAAAGAUAGAGAGAUCCGCAAUCUUAGGUCCCAGAUAAACCAGUUCCAGCAAGAUAUUUCAAGAAGAGAUGGAAGUAACAGUGACUUCCAGAUGAGGCUGCAUGAACUUACUUCAAUGUUAGAAGAGAAGGAGACUUUUAUUAAACAGCAGCAAGAGGAACUCUUCAGGUUGAAGCAAGAAAGAUUAUCAUGCAAUCAAUCCACAGGUGUAACAAAGUCUAUCAUCACAAAAAAGUACAUGAACCAAUAUCCAAUCCUUGGUCUCCUGUCCGAUGACUACAUGGCUUCAUCACCAGUUAGACAAACAGAGACUAUUGUAAUUGAGAAGACUGAGGCAAUGUAGAAACAUGAAUGAACAGAUCCAGUGACAGUCCCAGCUGCUUAAAGGAGCUCAUACCAAAUGACUGUAUCAUGGCUUUAACGUUCUGCUGUUUUUCAUCAUUAGUCUAAUAUUUAGAACCAGGCCUUUCCCUGAACCCCAGUCAAAGGUGUAUGUGUUAAAGACACGCAGUGGGAAAUAAUGGAUUGUGAAAAGCAAUGGCUGGCCUUACUCAAAGCAAGCAAAUUAACUUCUAUCUGAUGAAGAACACGCAUUUUUCAUAGUCUGCCCAUUACCACCACUACUGAGUCAUAACACACACAAUACUAGCAUUACAUGCAGUUAAAUCCCAGACGCUACAUUCUCCAUAGAGAUGAAAAGCAACAGGCCAUACCAUUUCUGAAGUUCAGUCCUUCCAGACCACAUUGAGUAAAGGGGUAUUUUCCAUUCCUUGCUGCAUUACUGAGGAGAGGACCAAAAACCCCACUUAUUUAGUCUGCAUGCCUGGUGAAGAAUAAUAAUCGUGAACAGUAGAGGCAAAAUUACAUCAAUUACAAAUUACUUGGUAAAGUUUGACAUAUACGUCUGCACAUCAGCAUUUCUUGAAAGGAUGGUGCUCAUGAUUUUGAUACACUUAAAAUAGUGGUACCAGUUUCUACUGUUUAGAGUGUUAAUUUAUUACUUCACAGAUCUUAGAUUGGUUCUAAUCCUGCACUUAGCAUUUGAUCUCAGUAUGGACAGAUGAGAAAAGAUAAGUGCAGCCACUAGAACUAAUGGAAAUUUAAUCAGUGAAGUUUACAUUUAAAAAAAAAAAAAGCACACAAAAAUUCUGAUCUCAAAAUGGCAUAAGAAAUUCUAAAAGUAAAAGUUACCUCUCUGAAAACAUUUACAGCAUUUCUGUACAUAAACUAACCAAAAUGCUUUAACUUGGGAGCAACUCCAUGCAAGCAAACUCCCUCAUGGCCCAGCACUGAGGAGCUGGAUAAAGUGAUGAGUGCUAAUUUAGCAGAUACAUUUUAUGAAAAACAACAUCUAUAAUUUGGCAAAAUAAUCUUCUAAACUUAAGACAACUAAGUUUUAAAAAGUGCAUUAGCGAUCACAUGAAUAAGUUUUUGACUGAACCUUUAUAAACUGAAAACCAGCUGUGACUAUCUAUCUGUACUAGGUAGGCAUAGUUUAAGAUUCUUGAAAUUUACUUGUAAAUCAAAAUUUCAAGAAUAUGGCAUAUCCAUUUUUUUAUAAAGUAAAAUGAAAAUAGUUCUUGGGCUAUAUUCUGUUGUUAAUGGAGCAAAAUUCCCACUUGAUUCAGGACCACAGAAUGUGUCCCAAUCAUUUUGGUAUAAGUGAUAAAAUAGAAAGUUGAAGCAAUGUGGUGGGGUUUGAAAAAAAAUAUAGAGAAGAUACUGGGAGGAGAGGAAUUAAGGGUUCUACAAUACUUAAAUAGGUGCUGGCUUUUGUAAAGGGUUUCUUUUCUAUAUUUUAGUUAUAUUAGAGGCACUUGGAGUCCAUUUUAUAUCCAUACAGAUACAAUAUAUAUGUUGGUGGGAGCACUUGUGACCUAUGGGUAAUAAACAGCUGGGAAAUAAACAUUCUUUGUCUAUUAAUAAAA